AUGGCUCCGUCAAAGGAGAAGAGCAUACGACGUCCGCCGCCCGACAACGAGAGACCCGUUGGGGUUCAGAAGCGAGGUUCCUCGUUCAAGGGCGGCAAGAAGCCGAAGAGACUGAUGACCUGGUGGCAAUUGGUUGCCGGUCCAAUUGAGGGAUUCAUUGGCUCGUGUGCCAGAUGGGAUCGUGAGGCCGCCCUGCUCAAUUCUCGUCAGAACACCGCGCCGGAAGCAGACGACAAGUCCGAGAAGAGCAUCUGUGAUGACAGUAACGAGACUCCCGUUGCAGACACCAGCUCCGCAGAUAUCCCUGACGAGGAAAACGUCUCCACUGGGACUCUCAAUGAGUCGGAUGACGAUAUCUCGGACUAUGAGGCUACAGUAGAUUGGAUCGGUGGCCCCAGCUCCGACAUUUCUCCAGUGGUCGUUCACAAGCGGAUCGCACACACAUUGCACUGGGUCUUUGGUGAUGUUCGUCUAUGCCGAGCCAUGGCUGGUGGGCUUGAGUUCAAGGACAUGAAUGACGAGGAGCUCCUAGCAACCAGCACGAUCUUACCUAAGGAGGACCCUGGCGGCAUCUAUGAGUACGUGGAGACAGAGUCGGUCGAGGACGGGGAAGGUGAUCUGGUCGAUCUAGGCAAUGGCAGGUUCUUUGACAAGGAGAGAAAAGCUGUGAUCGAGGAGGUCGACUUCAGACAAGCGGAUGGCGACUAUAAAAUGACCGUGCGACAACAUAAGGACGGCCCGCCGCAGGGGAAGAGCUUCAGGACGAUGUCGUGGUCACCGGAGAAGAUCCAGAAGGCGCUUGAGAGAGUUGGCGCGGAAGCUCCAGAUGGCUUGGUUCAUAUCAGGGCAUGUUGUGGCUUGCAAAACGGUUGCCACCUGUGUCGAGGCUAA